CAAGAAAGCUACUAGGAGCAAGGGCAUCGCUGCGAACGGAGCGGUGGCGCUGCCAUGGUCGGAUCCGCAGCCGCGACCCUCGCGGCCGAUGAACCUCGACGACUCCCCAGUCGGAGCUCUGUGUCGAGCCCCGGCACCUUGUGGGCCGGACUCGCCAUGGCCUUGGGCUUCUCCGUCUUGGCAGCAGCGACGAAGGCGACCGGGACCCGCCUCUCCUCGUAUGAGCGCAUCUUUCUCCGGAGCUGCUGCUGCGUGAUCCUGGCUCCGGUCGACGGUGAGCGUUCGCUGCCUCCGCUCCUUUUGUCACCCAACCGUCGCUUGCUCCUGCUGCGCGGGCUGCUGGGUUUCAUAGCAGUGUCCGCCUACUACGAGGCCAUUGCGCGGAUCCCGUUGGCCACACUCACGCUGAUUUCCAGGUUGCAUCCGUUGCUGUCCACUGCCCUGGCUGGGCUGAUCUUAGGUGAGCCUGUGCCACGUCAACAGCUUGGUGUUUUGCUGGUGGCGACUCUGGGAACUGCUUUGCUGGCACCAAGACAGGACCUUUUUUCUACUGGCACGUCUUGGGGCUAUGCAGCUGCGCUCUUCGCCGCCUUCUUCACUGCUGCAGCGUUGCUGUGUGUGCGAACCUUGGCCGUGCUGGGGGAACCGGCGCACCAUGCGCGAGAGGCCUUCCAUUGGGGAAACCUUUGUGGUGCCUUGGCCUUGGGCCUCCCCCGAGGCUUUGCAUGGCCGACGGUCAACGAGGCGAGCUGGAUCCUCAUCACCGCUGUGUCGAUGCAACUAGCCCAGCUGGCCCUUACAUAUGUGCUUCGAAGCCCAGUGGUCAGCGCCACAAAGUACUUCUUCUUGAACGUGGUCCUCAACUUAGCCUUCGGAGUUCUGCUGGGCGAUCCCUGGCCCUCGGCGCAAGAGACCCUGGGUGCACUGGUGAUCCUGCUCAGCAUUGCUGUGAGUGCCAGGGAGGACGCCAAAGGCAAAUCCUGAAACAAAGGACCGAGACUCAAGAUUGCGCAGGGUGGUGACCUCCGGAAUUUGGACGUGAUUCCAUUAUGUGCCAUGAUGUACCCACAUAUUGGAUCAGAUAGGUGUGCAUGGCCCAUUUCCAGCACGUCUCUGAGCCAAAAGGUCACUAUCGCUAUAAUUACUUACAAAGGCUAUGAUCAAAGCCAUCUCAGGCACAAGAUUCAUCUAUUCAUAUCUAUUCUGUUUUGAGAUUGCAGCAGCAUUUGGUCC